AUGAAAAUAAGAUUUAUUUUUGUUUUAAUUACUCUUCUACUCCAAAUUUUUUAUUCGGGCAAUGAAGUAUAUGCUUUUUUACCUGCUGCGAGAUACGGGCACAAUGCAGUUUUAGUUAAAGAUAGGCUUUAUUUUUAUGGUGGAUCUUCCGGAUAUUCUUCCUAUAAUUUUUUUUACCUUGAUGUUUCAAAGUCUUUUGAUUUAACCAAUACUUCAUCAAUGCAUUGGACUGAUCUUAGUUUUGUUACAAGUAUAUCCCGAACUUAUGGUGCUUCCGUUGUUAAUAAUAAUUCUAUUUAUUUUUUUAGUGGUAGCUAUUCAUUAAGUCGUGUUGAUAAAUUUGAUACGUUAACAGAACAAUGGGUUACAUUUAAUUUUUCAGGAAAUGCAAUAUUGGCAUCGACAUACAUAUCUUCUGUUCAAGGCGUUAUUUCAAAUAACACAAUUUAUUUCUUUGGUGGAAGCACUCAAAUCAGUAUUACUCAAACUCAGCAUGACCUAAUUUUAGUAAUAGGAGGAUAUCCAUUAGGUCGAAUAACUUCCUUAAAUAUUAAGACCUUUUUAUGGGCAAAUAUUACGGCUUUGAAUGACGGCUUUAUACCUGGAUUAUAUUAUCAUACCGCUACAUUAAUUAAUAAUUAUGUUAUUAUUGCAUAUGGGAACUAUGAUACUUAUAAUCCUUAUUAUCCUACCAUUUAUUAUAGUGGCUAUAAUAAUAAUAUUUCUCUUCUUGAUAUAAAUCAAAAAGAUAAUUAUAAAUGGGUUAAUUCAUAUGUUAUUCCAAAUAAUACCCAAACUCCAACCUCACUCCCAACUCACCUUGAUCAAAGUAAUGAUAUUACUCCUAGCCAAAUUUUUGGUAUUGUUGGUGGAGUUAUUGGUAUAAUUUCAGGAUUGGUGGGACUUGUUCUAGUAUCUUUUGUUUGUUAUACAUACCAUAGAAAUAAUCUACAUGAUAAUAAUAGUAAUGAACUAAUAGUAGAUCAUUACCCGGUGUCCAGUAUUUCAUGA